GCCACAGUUCAAGUGUGCACACGGCUUAAACAUGAAACUCCUAAUCGUAUCCUGCUUAGUGGCGCUCGCGGCGGCCGACGUGUCCCACCUCCAGCAGGCGGCACCGCCAGGCGGCGAGGCCGGCGCCCAGAUCCUGAGGCAGGAGUCCGACAUCAGCCCUGAGGGCAACUUCCAGUACGCGUACGAGACUGACAACGGCAUUCAGGGGCAGGCGCAGGGGCAGGUUAAGGGCGAAGGCGAGGACGCAGCCUUGGAGAUCCAAGGUCAGAACGGCUGGAAGACCCCUGAGGGCGAGCAGGUUCAGCUCCAGUACGUCGCCAACGAGAACGGCUACCAGCCUCAGGGCUCUCACCUUCCCACCCCUCCCCCAAUCCCAGAGGCCAUCCUCCGUGCCUUGGAGUACAUCAGAGCGCACCCCCCAGCACCAGAAAACUAAGUUAACAACAAAGUGAAAUAAAAUAAAAUCAUAUAAAUAAAGUGAAGUGACCGCGUCUCUUAACACUGCGAAGUUGCCUCGCGAGGCAACUUUACUGCGGGGACCGAACGAGGCAACAGCUUAAGCAACCUGAACGAACCGCCUUACGUCUUGACAGUUAAAAAUCACUUUUAACGUUUAAAACCUCGUAUUUCAGUAUGAUAAAAAUACUGAGGUACGACAUUUUGAAGUUUCUAGUGAUUUUUGAUUGGAUUUUCUAGCUUGUGUUUGAGUUUAUGCUCAAGCUUGAUUUCACCUUCUAGUCAUAUUUUUCUAUUGCACAUAUUUUCUUUGCACUUCUUGAAGACGUUAGGUCAUUUCUAUGUAGAUAAUAUAAUACUCAACUGCCAUUCGAUCCUAGUAUAUAGUGAUGAUACCUGGAUUUUUUAAAUAAAUUUAUUUUAUAAA